CAGAACUUUUGGUCGGAGCACAGGAUUGAGCAGGACACUUUCCAUUUAGUGUCUUCUUAGUGUCAUUCCAGGCGCCUAAGGCAGCUGGGCCUUGGGUAGGUACUAGCACUUUACGCUUGGAAGCCCGACCUUUGCGUUGGUGGAUGUUGCCAGUAACAGUAGAAGUUCCGUACCUUCGUGCCUACGUACGACAUACUUCUUCGUCUCUUAAAACUAUUUCUAUGAUUUAUGUUAGCUGAUUCAUGGCUACGAUGUAGAGAUACUUAGUUAUCUCAUCAACUCACCGCUGAUUCGUGUCUCGCUUCAUCAGUCUCAAAUGGAACAAGAUUUCCCCAUCGGCGUCAACCUCGGCCCCAGUCAUAUUACGUCUUCAUACUUAAAUGUUGGAAAUAAUGUGGUGAAUGUCGUCAGUAUUGAGUCUGAACAAGCGUGGAACGAGCUCUUUCUUGACACACUGAGAGUAAAGCGGGACUAUGAGGAAAAGAAGACGCAUGCCAACGAGAAUUGUGUGAAGGAAACAAUUGUUUCAACUCUGGCCCAGAUUCAAAAAGCGACCGAAGAGAAGCUGGGACGGCCGGCACAAAUCAAAGUCAUAGGCUAUCCUGAGCACUUCAAAAGCACACCAUACGUCAGUACACUAGCACGCAUAGCCAUUAGAGAGUAUCCCGAGGUCACCACGCCAUACCAAGUACGACCAUAUCUUGACUGUGUCAGAAUGGCGUACGGGCUCAACACUUCUGAAGCUUUGGGCUAUGGGCUUAGCCUUGACCUCGACGAAUAUAAUAGCCUACUCUUGCAUGUCGACUAUCAGAAAGACUUCCUUGAAGUCUCAAUCAUGUCAGUAACAGAGCACGUUGAUAAUCGUGAACGGAUUCUUUGCAUUGAUAAAUUUGGCGGAUCUGGCAACGACAAAAGCGCAACUUCAGAAGAGCUUGCCGAACUGAAGGACCGCUUUCAGAAGCUCCUCGAAGAACAGAUUCGCGAUAACCAAUACUGCCAAACGCAGCCAGAAGACUUUCGGCUCAUCAUAUUUAGUGGCUCAGCACCAGCCUCCGAAUUUCAAAGGAUCCGCGAAGCAAUCGUCGAGAUCGUACCAAAUUUCUCGGAAAGAUUUCGCGACGAAAUCGAUCCCUUUUGGGUCGGUGCAAGAGGAGCGGCUCAAAACGCGCGAGAAUAUACUAUCAAUCCACCAGUCAAACGUAUCGGACAUUGGACAGAGGAAGAAUUUUACAAAAGUCUAGAUGACCAAUGCGCUCCUGAUGAUGUUGAUGGACAUGAGUUGUAGGAUUCAUCAGGAAGCGCCCGUCGAGACACUGUCUCUACUGUCCUUUAAGGUGGAGACCGAGGCUUUAGCUUAACAGAACUGUGGUGGAG